UUAUUCAGAUUGAUCCUGCUCAUGCUGCUUUACCUUGGGCUGGCGUGAGAUUGUUACUUGUUGUAAGCGAAUUUCAUUUCAUUUCAGAGAGUUGAUUUAUCUCGCGCUGACACACUUGAUCAGGUCGCGACCAAUGACAGUAAUAGCUUUCAAGACAUGGCGGAGGGUCUAGAGUUUGUCUCUACCAUGAUCUCGCGAUAUCAGCUCGUCGAAAAAAUGUACCUGUCUGACGAGUCGGAAAACAAAGACAAACUCAAGGAUGAAAUCGUCAAACUCUAUGUCGCCAUCCUGAGAUACUUGGGCAUUGCCAAUAGCUACUACGGAAAGAGCAAAUACAGUGAGUGGUGUGGUGUGUUUGCCGUGAACAGCCACUCAUACUGAUCUGUCUUCUAGAACGAAUUGGUGAGAGUGUGAUCAAGACAUCUCACGCUUUGGUCCACGAGCCCAGAGCCGCGAUUGAGAAGUGCCAUUGUGAGGUCAGCGAGAUGCUGAAAUUGAUGGAUGCCGAUAGUAAGACACUACCGCAUGAUGAUAAUGCUCAGAAGCUGAUCGACCAAAGGUUCCAGGAAGUUGCAUCAGUUGUCGUUGGCCCAGUUCGAGUCAUUGGCUAUGUCGACCGCAGAAAUGAUGGUAGAGCACAGCAAGAGGAAGAGUAGGUCGCCGCCGCAAUUCUGUAUAUUGCUGCUGACACAUGACAGAGGAAGAGGAAUUACGCAAGUAUCAAUGGCUUUCCACGAUACCAG